UAUCUUGUCUUGGGUAAUGAAGCUGGGGAAAGCAAAAUAAAGAAGGCAGAACAAUUAGGCACAAAACAUUUGGAUGAAGAUGGAUUAUUAGACCUCAUUCGUACACGCCCAGGAAAAGGAUCUAUGGAGAAAACUCCCAAGGAAGAAACACCUUGCAAACUUAAAGCAUUUGCAAAAGAAAGUAAAGGAAGUGCACUUGAGAAAUCUUUGGUGAGCAGUCCAGUGUCAAAGAGCCCAACUUCUAAGCCUGUGGCAAGUGCAUCUAAAACACCCAGUCCCGGAAGGCCACUCUUUCAGAACACCCCUACAUCACAGGCAAGUUGCAGUCCAUCUUCCCACAAGCUCAUCCCCAAAGACUCAGCCAUUAUCUUCUCAAGAGUUGAGGGGGAAAAUCUGGGGAGACACUCAUGUGGGUGGACAAAUAUAAACCAGCUAGUCUUAAGAACAUCUUUGGGACAGCAUUUCAGAAAAGUCCAAUGUCCUUGGGCUAAAGAUGAUAAUGGUGCUUUUUUCAAAGCUGCCCUUUUAUCAGGCCCUCCAGGAGUUGAUGCUCGCUCCAAGCGCACUUUGGAUGAAGUUGUUUCUGAACUUCUUUCAAACAAAACUUUAGCUGGUUUCACUAAGA